CGUCGACGUGUCAUUCUCAAGGGCUCUUGCCGGCUCAUCAUACAAGGCAUUGUACGCUAUGGAACGGGAGCCAGAAAGGGCCGGACGCAAUGUCACGCUCUUUCUUGUCGAUUGCUCUUCAAGCAUGGCCAACAAGCACGACUUCCCUGAAGGCCGCAUAUCCUCUCGCGACUACGCCAUACGCUUUUUAGCAGCUCGCUUCACUUCCAAGAUUCUCAAAGGCCUCAAGACGGAGCAUCUAGGCGUCACCCUUUUCGGCUCAGAUAAGACGAGCAAUGUGCUGGCCGAUGAGAACGUCGAAGGCUACGAGAACAUCAGAACAAACUUUAUACCCAUUUCGCAGCCUACACUCGAGUCCUCGGAGAGACUGCAACGCAUCAGAACUUCGGACAUGUGCGGAGACAUCUUGUCUGCACUCGCGUGCGCACUUUAUCAGCUGCAAUCAGAGCUUGGCAAGUCGAGAGUCGCGUAUCGCAAGACCCUCGUACUCGUUACAGAUGCAGAAUCGAAGACCAUGUGGGACCCUGAGGACGUCGAGAAGCUACUUGUCGAGCUCGGUACGGCAGAAGUUGAGCUCUCUAUCGUCAUCGUUGGAUACGACCCACAGCAAGCGCGCAGAGAGCACGUGAGCUCUGACAAGGCUACGAAUGAGAGAGAGUUGCGCAAGAUGGUCAGCAAACUGCGCAAAGCCGGCCAGCCAGCAGUCAUAACAUCUGCAAGUGCCGCGCUCAGUACCGCUGAAGCUCCGCAGCUUAAGCUGCCCAACUCUGCUCCGAUGUAUACUACAAUCACUCUUGGUCAUGCCGAGCUCUUCCCGGAUUCGACAAUCACCAUCAAAGCUGUAUUCAAGAAGGCUGUUACAAAGGCCAAUCCAAUGACAAAGAAGAAGAUGUCCAAGAUUGUACCCUCUGGUCCUUCUCAGCAACCCAAGACAUCUCCACGAGCCAGUGGGAGCCACGCAAAGCGGGAUGCUGACGGCAUGCUGCUCGACGAAGAAGAACCGAGACCGUCACGCUCGCAGUACAUUGCGAAUCGCACCUACGAAGUUCAGCCAGAGCGAAUCUACUACCGAGUAGCCGACACCAAGGAAUUUGUUCCACUGCCAGAGCUUCUCAAUCGUGAUUUGCAAGACGAAAGAUCGACGAAGCGGAAAUUUGACGAAGGUGCAGACUCUGCAGACGAGGAUGAGAUGGACAGAUCUCGCGCAAUGGACGCAGAUGAGUACUACGGCGGCAACGGAGCAGAUAGGGCCUCUAGGUUCAAUGCCGAGCGAGAAGUGCGACCCGAGGACCUCGUCAAAGCUUACAAAUAUGGCGCAACGCUCGUACCGCUGGCCGACUUUGACGAGAUCAAGACGGACUUGAAUUUCCAGCCAGGCCUGCAAGUCAUCAGCUUUACAAAAGCGUCGAUAGCAUUAGAGACGCUACUUGGCGACGUGUAUUAUGUUCAUGCGCAUCAGGACUCUCCUCCUUCGCAAGUCAUGUUCUCUGCCUUCAUACACGCAAUGCAUGAGCGACAAGCCGUUGCUCUGACGCGAUAUGUCGGCAAAAGGGGAGCUGCGGGCAAAGCGCCAGAUGCAAAGCUGGGUUAUCUCAUCCCGCGAAUCGGCAAGCAUUGGAAUGAAGACUAUCAGUACUGCAUCUGGGUCCAGCUGCCGUUCUCAGAGGACAUUCGGAUGUACGAGAUGGACUCGAUCGAAUAUUACCACAAGAAGGACGGAUCGAUUAAUCACGAGCAUCGCAAUUUACCCGGCAAAGAGCUUAUGGAGAACAUGGAUGCUUGGGUUGACGCGAUGGACAUGAGUACUGCUACUGUCGAUGCAGACGGGAAUUAUGCACCGUGGUUUGAUGUGCACGACAGCUACAACCCAGCUAUACAUCAUCUCAAAAACAGUAUCGUCUAUCGCGCAAACAAUCCAGAGGACACUUCCUUGCCAGAGAUACAUCCGGAGAUCAGCAAGUAUCUCCAGCCCACCCAAUUCCUGCAGGACCGCGCAAAGCCGAGUGCAGAAGCUGUCAAAGCGACUGCGGGUGUCAAGCGCUUGCCGCCGAAAGCCCAAAAAGGCAGCAAAGCGGCGCGAGCCAAGAAGCAGCUCGCUCCACAGCAGGAAGAACUACAAUUCGAUAAGAUCCUCGGCAAAGCUCAAUCUCAAAGCGAGACCCCUGCCAAUAGACCGUCUGUCUCGAGUCUGCUGAAUGAUACGAGCAACGGGCGCAAGUAUGACUCCGACGUGUUGACAACGCCCUCGACGUAUCGGCCCGCCGAAGCGAAAGCUCCCAAUGCAGAUCUAGACGGGGACACAGAGGACGAAGACGAGCCUGCUGGUUCGCACCAAGGCACACCCGCGCUUCGUCCAGCAACAGCGAUUGACGACUUUAACAGCCUUGUCAAGACCAACGACGUGAAAGAGGCUAUCGAAGGUAUGUUUGCGCUCGUGCACACUAUUGUCAAGGCUUCUUUCGGUGGCAAUCGCUACGAACAAGCUCGAAAGUACAUCACUUUGGCUCGUGUGACGGCGUCAGAGGAGGAUGAAGUAUCGACCUAUAACGAUUCGAUCCGUGAUCUCAAGACGCGCAUCUUGACGCAAGGCUUUGGCAACCAGGAUUUCUGGCAGCAGAUCCGUAGCCACAAGCUUGGUCUUAUCACUAUUGAAGAAGACAAGAAUUUGCUUGGUGGACAACCGAGCGAUGGCGUGUCAGACUCGGAAGCGGCAGAGUUCCUCUCCUGA